CACUACUUGGUGUUAUAUUUUGGAAGUGACAAAUUUCAGCGAAUAAGCAACACAAACUCUAGCAAUUCUCAGCAUCAACAGACACUACAUCUUACAGGAUCAAAACCUUUUUCACAAGUUAGUUAUGAGCAGAGAAACCUAGAGACUGGUGAUGAGCCAGAUGAUUUGGCACUUUGGAGGAGUACACGCAGCAAGGAAGGUCGAUGGUCUUCUGAUGCUGCUAAGGAAAUAUAUGAAAGCACCUUCUCUAAAAUUGUAGAGAGAAUUGAGUUGGACGCUUCUGUGAUUUCAAAGGAACAAGAAAGGCACAUUCUUCGUGAAACCUACAAGGAAACCACUGGAUGCAAGAGCAGGAAAGGUCCUGGACAUGGAUACUUGGCAAAGUAUCCGACCCGAAGCCAACUGAUGAAUGAACGAAUUGAAGAGCAAGCUCGUGCAGCUGCAUUAGUAGCAGCAGCCCAACAGAAGAAUACUAAGAUGCAAGCUGAGGUACAGAAGUUAAAAGAACAGCUUUCCGUUGAAGCCACAGAGAGGGAGAAAGACAAGGAAAAAAUUCAGCAGCUAGAACAACAACUGGAGAGUACAAGCAACAAGAUUAGAGAAGAACUAAGGCAAGAGUUUUUUUCGCUAAUCAAACAACACAAUCAAGCACCGCCUUUGAAUGCUACACCAACCACUACAGCCCCUCAGCCUGAAGAAACAGCCCCUCAGCCUGAAGAAUUCACUACCAAUACUACUACUAGUAUUUAUAAUAAAGUUAGUGAAAAUGAAGUUGCAGAUUUGGCACAGGCUGGUACGGAAACUACCCUGGCCACACAUAAUGAACCUUCUAAUGGACCUACGGUUGUUCCCACCCCCAGCCAAGGACCAGAAGAUGUGCAACAGACUGUAGCAGACAGUGUAUUAUUAACCAAACAAAUGAGAAUCCCACCUUGUCGCCUAACUCGCAGCAAUGCCAACAGAUCACUUUUCACAAAUGACAAAGGCAGUAGUGAGUCAGUGAGAUUUAUUACAUCACAAACAUUGAGGAAUAGUGCUGCAAAUAAAAAGCGAGAUACAAGAAAGAAAGGAGGAAAGGACAAUCAACCUUGAGGGAGUCUUGGCAAGCUGAAUUGAAUCAAAUAUUGUGCAACGAGAAAGAUGUCAUGUUCACCUAUGCUAAGAGACAUGUAUUUUUGUUUAUGAUUGCCUUUUUGUAACAUAAGUUAGUGGUUUGUAAUGCAGUUUGAACUUUGCAAUUAUCUUCUUUUAAGUAGGAAGGCCUUUGACUUCCUUAUUGUAACACCCGAUUUUAAAGACAAAAUCAG